GAGGAAUCCGAUUCAGAUUUUGCUUCGAUCUAUGACAAAUUGUCCUUGAUCAAGGAGGCCUCGAAUGUCGACAUUGAAGCAGUGCAAUUGAGAGAUGGCAAUGGGAUCUUUUUUAAUCUUCAGGAAGCCUACGAAGCACUUGACGCUAUCACGAUGGACGGCCACUUGUCUAUGAGAUUGGCGCCUGACAACUCGGAAACUUCGGCCGUUUACAAUGAAGCGCGCUCUCUUGCCGGUGUCAGUCUGUGGUCUUUGGCGUCGUUCGCAGCAACUGAACUGCGUAUUCGCCAGAUCCACCAGUUUAUGUGUAAUUCCUUCCAGGGUGCGGCUCAACGAGAACGCCAAGACUUGAAGCUCAGGUAUGAGAUCCGAGCGAGCAUCCCUUUAGCUGACUUGUUCUCAACGAUCGAGGAGCAUAAGGAGACUUUGUGCCUUUCGGAAUACGGAGUAAGCCAGACAUCCCUUGAACAGGUGUUCAACAUGAUUGCUCGCGAUCAACAGCACUGCCAAUAUGAUCAAUCAAAGGGACCUCGUCGGACGUAGAGUAGACCACAGGACACGACUGCACGCGCACCGUAUGGACUUGGGUCCCCUUUCAAUUUUUGGAAUUGGUGUCCGGCCACGGCUCAACUUCGCAACCGCGCUUUCUUUCGCACAAGGAGACAAACGUAAUUCUUCGUUAGACAUGGUUGGUAAGAAUGGAUGCAUGGGCGCCAUUAGGCGCUCUUGGGUAUUGAUGGCCAUGAAAGGCAACUGAAACCAAACAGAUGCAAGCAUACAACUCUAGAGCAUUCGCAACGACACGCCUGCAUUCGACUUGUCCACCCAGAUACCCAUUCCAUCAUCUUCGCCGAGUACACGUGUACCCCCUGGUCGUUCCGAAGCUACCAGUACUGGUACCAGUACUGGUACGAGCUUACCAUGAGAUGCCCACUCUACGGUAGUGGCCCCUCUCCCACCGUAGCGGGAAGGAAGACAUAAUUGGAGAGGUAGUUGCGGUAAAAAUUGGGUUAUCUAAGGUAUUUUAUGUACGCAUCUACUAGUACCAGCAUUCUCAUCAAGCUUCACUGUACCGGUCGUACGAUUGAAUUCUGACUGAAUUCAUAUGCCCUCUGGGUCGUCUCCGUUUCCAGUACUAGUUUAACUC